AUGAAUGUAGAUGGUGUGCGACCGGUGUGUUUGCCAAGAGCGAGCGAGUCUUUCCCCACCGGAGCCAAGUGCUGGAUCACAGGCUGGGGCCACGUCAUGGAAGGAGGUUUCAUUAUGACAGAUUUAAGAGAAGCUGAGGUCACAGUGAUCGCUCAGAGUCUGUGCUCACGACCUCACGUCUACGGGGUCUUCCUCACCCCUCGCAUGAUGUGUGCUGGAAGCAUGGAGGGGAGGGGUGGACUCCUGCCAGGGGGACAGUGGGGGGCCCCUGGUGUGUCAGACAGCCCUGGGGGAGUGGAGACUGGCAGGAGUGGUCAGCUGGGGAGAGGGCUGUGGCCGACGAGCAUCCUAGGAAAAGAACUGUGUUCCUAUAGCAUCCUAGGGAAAGAACUGUGGUCCUACAGCAUCCUAGGGAAAGAACUGUGUUCCUACAGCAUCCUAGGGAAAGAACUGUGUUCCUACAGCAUCCUAGGGAAAGAACUGUGGUCCUACAGCAUCCUAGGGAAAGAACUGUGUUCCUACAGCAUCCUAGGGAAAGAACUGUGUUCCUACAGCAUCCUAGGGAAAGAACUGUGUUCCUACAGCAUCUUAGGAAAAGAACUGUGUUCCUACAGCAUCCUAGGAAAAGAACUGUGGUCCUACAGCAUCCUAGGAAAAGAACUGUGGUCCUAUAGCAUCCUAGGAAAAGAACUGUGGUCCUAUAGCAUCCUAGGAAAAGAACUGUGGUCCUACAGCAUCCUAGGGAAAGAACUGUGUUCCUACAGCAUCCUAGGAAAAGAACUGUGUUCCUACAGCAUCCUAGGAAAAGAACUGUGUUCCUACAGCAUCCUAGGGAAAGAACUGUGUUCCUACAGCAUCCUAGGGAAAGAACUGUGUUCCUACAUCAUCCUAGGAAAAGAAGACGGCACUAACAGUUUGUAA